CGGGGGCACCGGUGACAGCCAGACCCUCGGCGGUGGCGGCAGUGCGCAGCUCAGCGCCCCGCUCCCAUCCCUGCGAUGUGAACCGACAAUCUCUCCCCAGAUCCCCAGGCAGGGAAUGGGCAGUAGCCCUGGGACACCAGCGCCCUCCUGCAGGGUUAAGCAAGACUUUGGGGUCAUGGUGGCACCGAUAGUAACUUUUCUCUCUCUGGAUCUCUAACGCUUCUGUUACUGCUUCGGGAUGUUAAAUAAAUACGUAUCCUGUUACUCUAACGUAAACUUCUGUAAAUACAUUUUUGUUACAUUUGUAUUUGGUUGCUUGGGGGGAGGCGGGAGAGGGAAAUGAGAGAUCGUUUUUUUUGGACAUCUCCGGAGGGUGAUUUUAGACUUCAAACCUUCUCUUUCUCUUUGUAAAGGGUUGGGGUCCUUAGAGGAUAGUAUUUUAUUUCCUGAUGAUGUAACUACCAAACAAUUCUUCAAGUGAUGAUGGGAAGGCCAGAUGAAAUCUUAUUUUUUCAGUGUUUUUACUCAAAGAACCUCCUCACUCCCCAUUUCUGCAUGCCUGUGUUUUAAUGAAAGCGGUUAAAACUAACCAGAUUAUUUGGCAGGGAAAGUAUUUUUAAAGAAAUUAAAUGUUUUGUUCUGUACUUUCAAGGCGAAAUAUAAAAAUAGAACUUCAGAACUAAUUUUAAUUUAUUUACUCUCUUCUACCAUCAAACAAAAUACAAGACAUGAGGAGAAAAAAAGAAAGUCGCCAAGUAUGAUUGAAUUAAGUCUGUUGUCCUCUGGUAUGGGGCAGAUUGACUUGGUCUGAAUCCUAAGAAUUAACCUCCUAAUUAUCUUGAACAUCAGUAAGAAAAGUAACCUUUAAAGUCUUAGCCCAACUAUAUGAAUCUGCUAGAUAAAUUAGGGACGUGGAAGUAUUAUUUGCCAGCUUCAGAUGAGCACUUUUAGUAGCUUCAGUUUUUAACCCCCCCUUUUAAAUUACAUUAAAAUAGGAUUGCUUCCUAUUAUGAUGUACAUAUGUCUGUAGCAUUAUUUUUUCCAUAUGUUUUGUCAAAAAAGAAAUUAAUGAAAAUAGUCUGCUGCUUUUUCUUAGUGUGGGGUGGAGAAAGAAAGAGAUGGUUGCAGUGUUGUAUAGUUGUGCAAAUGGUGUGGAAUAAAGAUGCAGAACACACAAAGAAAUGUGUAUCCCCUUUGUGAAACUGGGUGCUUAGUUAUCAGUUCUUCUGGGCCACUCUGCUAUGACCAGAUCACUCGACAAAUGAGAAGCCUGUAUUAAACCCACUCCUGUUUUCCUCUAUACUGUUUUAAAAUAAGUAAAUGACCAUAUCCAUAAGUGUAACUUACAUUGUAAUACUGGCUUUAUACUUUUAUGUUAGCAUUGUAGAUGAUAUGUUACUUUCACUGAAAUUUUAUGAAGUGCAUUGUAAUCUUUUUUGUUUCACAUACUUGCGUGUACUUAUUAAGCAUCCUAUUGAGACUUGUAAAAAUUAAAAAUGAGAUGAAAUCACUGUUAGGAAGUUUGCAUGAAUCAUGAACACCUGGAUCUCAGCCCCAGCCUGAUAACAAAAUGUCCCUUUACUCCAAAGCUAGCAUUUUUGUAGCUUGUUUUGACAUUUUCCCUUUGAUGGGCAAAGAAAUGUCCUAACAUUUAACAGUACCAUUUAGUUUUUUCUCAUGUUUUUGUACUCAGCGCUUUGCAUUUAUUUCCAAUCUUUUAACUUCCCAGUUCCCCUUGAAAUAUGUUUGUUCCUCUUUUAAAUAUGUUAGUUUUAUUUCCUCCUUUCUUUAGCUCUAUUCUGAAAGUUAAAGAACUUGAGUAGAGCGAAAAAUUGUCUAAGGAACUUGAAGCAAGAUAAAAAAAAAAAAAAAAAAAGGACUAAGACCCCCUGCUCCUUGACCGCCUCUCUUAGUGCUGUUAAUCCCUGAAGUAGCAGUGGCCUGCCACCUGGAUAUGACUCAGCCUUCCAACUGGGCCAUGAUAUGUGACCAGUCUCUUCAGUAACCAAUAAUAAUGUUCGUUUACUGAGCUUUCAGCUCAUGCCAGUCACUGGGCUUAGUGCUCUACAUGCAUCAUUUAAUCUUCAUAUUUUGAGGUGGUAUCAUCCAUAUUUUUCAGAUGAAAAAUCCUAUUUGGAAGAAGUAGCUUGGCCAGGGUUGCACAGCUAGUGAACUAAUAAUGCAAAGAUUUAAACCAGUGUUGUAUACGGCCUUUACCUUAUCUUUUGUUGAUUUGUUCAGAUUCUCUCAGAGGUGGUGGUGUUAAGGGAGUAUUCUGAUUUAAUUGAGAAAUGUAUGUCUUUAUUUUCCAGUUCUCUUCAUAGGCCACAAAUUGGCAGAAUCACCCUGAUUUUGCACUGAAUAAUCACUAGGGGCUUUCAUUCACAUUAGAGACAUUUUAGAUCUAUGUAUGUACUAAGCCAGUUUUCUGGAAGGUAGCAGUGAUAUGUCUUGUUCUUAUAAAAUUAGAAUAUUUUGACAGUUUUCCAACAGAUGGAAGUCAAGGGUUUGGAGCAAAAUGAAGCCUUUAUCUAUCUGACAGACCCCUGAGCUGUGUAUUAGAAGUUCCAGCCAGACAUUGGCACUGUGGUCCACUGGCCAUGUGAAUUAAUGAAUCAUGUUUCAUUUCCCUCCCUUUUCCUACCAGAAUUCUCUUUGCGAUGUAAUUUUUGUUCUCUUGGCUUCUGACAUAGAUUUACUAUGACCAGAGUUAUGAUCACUGUGCCUCGAAAUUGGCUGAGAAAAUUUGACUUCCUGGCCUAGUUCUAUCCAAUUACUGUAUGGCUCUCUUUUCAUUUUACAAUCAGGAAUUUUAUACAAAUAAACUUACUUACAAAUAAGGUCCUUUCUGCAGUUAGUAAUCUGAAUUUACGAUCCAAAUCAGCAGUGGCUUUAAACUGCUAUUUAGAAAUGCUACAAAGGAAUUUUUCUUCAGGGCUAGCUAACUACUUUCUAAUGUGGGAGAUGAGUCUUUGGGUGACAGGAUACCAGGAGAGAUCAACUAGAUUUAGCUGGAUGAAGUUAAUUUUUAUAUAGCCAAUAACUGCUGAAUAUCAAUGAUUUCCCAUGGUUCAAGCUAAUGUGAGGAGGUUAUUAUAACCACAGCAAAAAAUGUUUUUAAUAAAAUCACUCACUACUGACCGUGAUGACGUCAUCAUUAUUUAGUGUUUAAAAUUCAGUGUGCUGCUAAGCACAUCAAACUAGUUCCUCUUUGUGAAAUGACUGCUCUUAUUAUCUUUCAUGUUCUCUCUCUAUGCCUUUGUUUCUCCUUUCAGUCAUCCAAAUAAGUACCAUGAAAGCUGUAACUAACUGAACCUUCCUUUAGCUGUCUACAUUUUCAUUGCUGUUUCUUCUGUUGGUGAAAGAAUGGUGUGCUCUGCCCCCUACAAGCUCUGCUGCAAGCUCAUUUGAAUGGGGCACAUUUGCUCCUUUGCCUUUAUGAGAUAGUAUAUGUGCAGACACUAAUCACUGGUCCCCCCUCAUCUGUGAUUUCAGAGAAUGUUAAAUGGAGAAUUCCAGAAAUAAGCGGUUAGUAAGUUUUAAAUAAAUUUUGCUAUAGUAUUUUGUUAUUAAUUUAUUAUUAGUUAUUGUUGAAUUCUUACUAUGGCCAAUUUAAAAUUUAACUCUGUUAUAGUUAUGUAUAUAUGGGGAAAAACACCGUACAUUCAGGGUUUGGUACUAUCCUUAGGUUCAGGCAUCCACGAAAGGUCAUGGAACAUUUCCUCUAUAGGUAAGCUGGGGGCACAGUAAACGGUGUAAUAUACAAGGAAAAGCAGCAAAUCUUAUCAUGGCCUUAGUUCUGUGUGAGAAGCUUAACAGAGUGAGUCCAGACUCAGGCUUGCACUGGGAGAGACAGAGCUCCAUGGGCUGCAGUUGUAUUGGCUGAAACAAGAGUCUUUGGUUCUAAUGUCUUCUGCCCCAUGGUACCUUCUAAAAUUUUACCAGCAGCUAUCUUGUAAAGAAUCUUGUCCUUAUACAUUGGGUAACUCUGCUAUGGGUCUGGUGCUGGUCCCUCCUGCUCUGUUGCUCUACAACUUAGGUCACAAAUUAAAGGACACCACAUGUAGGCAACUACAACACGGAACCAAAGAAGUCUCAAGUGAAAGCACCUCCUCACGUGCUUGGGAUGAUAAUUUUUCUAGCCAACCUCUUCCUUUCAUUUUUCUUGCUAUUCCCCAGGUGCCACCUGCCUGGCCGUGAUAACGCAGAUGCCCACACAAAAUAUGUCACAUCUGUCACUUCCUUGGCCAGCAUAGCACUUAGACUUAGAGCCUUUAACCAGCAUUUAACAGUUUGAACCUGGAUAUACAUACAUACUGCAGUGAACAUGGAUAUAUGUACAAAUCUUCUCUCUCUCUCUCUUUUUUUAAGAUUUAUUUAUUUAUUUGAAAGGCAGAGCUACAGAGAGGCAGAAGCAGAGUUCAGAGAGAGGAGAGGAGAGGAGAGAGGUAGGUUUUCCAUCUGCUGGUUUACUCCACAAGUGGCAAAAACAACUGGGGCUGGGCCUAUCAGGAGCCAGUAGCUUCUUCCAGGUCUCCAGUGUAGGUGCAGAGGCCCAAGGACUUGGGCCAUCUUCCACUGCUUUCCCAGGUGCAUUAGCAGGGAGCUGGAUCAGAGUGGAGCAGUAGGGACUCAAAUUGGUGCCCAUAUGGGAUGCUGACAGUGCAGGCAGCAGCUUUACCUGCUCCACCACAGCGCUGGCUCUGACCCUCUCAUCUGCAGCCUACAUCUCCCGUCCCUGGGCUCUGUAAUCCUUGAGUUUUCUAGAACCUUCCUACUAUUUGUCAUAUUUCAGCUGACUUUGAUUCUAAAACAGCAUUCUAUACCCUCAAGAGCUAACUUGGAAUGACUGCAGCAACAGUGUCAGUGGUGAUAAUAGGGAAUGGGAUACUCUAACGAUGCCAUGGUUUUUGUUCUUCACCAAGUGAAGGAACCUUCUGUUGACCAGAAAUCUCCUUGUCUUGAUUUACAUGGAAAGCUGUGAGUUGGCCAUGAGACUCUCAUGAGCAAGUUUGCCAAUAGGUGAGCAGAAUGACUUGGAGAGAGUACAGAGUUGAUAAUAUGACGCCACCAAUUAAGUGGGAAGCAGGAAAAGCCUGUUAUUUAGGUCCAGUCCAUUUGCUUAUUUAUUCCUGCAAACAUUUUGUGUUGCCUUGGUAACUAAUAAUAGUUUUGAGAAAUUGUUGAACUCACAAGUAUUACUGCAGGAGUAAAAAACCCUCGAAUCAUAGAAAUUAGAGACGGAAAAGAUCUAUUAGGUCAUCUCCCCUGUCCCUUGCCAGUACAGAUUGUUCUCAAUGCUUUGUGCAGUCCUUUUUUUUUUAAAGGAACCCUGUUAAAAAAUCAGUACCACUCUUAGGUUUUUUAAGUAGUGCGUUUUCUAAAGUAACUACUCUGACAAAUUUUUCCAUAAGGAACUUGAUUUCAGAGUUAAAUAGACCUACUAAUUUAAAGUGUCAGUUGGAAGUAAUUAGAAUAGCUCAGGAUGUCUUUGGAGUCGUUAACCAACUAGGGGUAAAAUGGGUUAAAUAAUCAAAUUUAUAUAUUUUCUUUUGUCAUUAGGCACUCAGAUAUACCAAUUCACAAGACUACACUUUUAAUCAUAUAAACUCAUUGAGAGGAACUGAAAGGCCUGAGAAAAUAAAGCCUCCAGAAAGUAAGAGUAAAAUGGUUCUUUCUGCGGCCAGCGCUGUACCAUAGCGAAUAAAGCUGCCGCCUGCAGUGCCAGCAUCCCAUAUGGGUACCAAUUUGAGGCCUGGCUGCUCUACUUCUGAUCCAGCUCUCUGCUAUGUCCUGGGAAGCAGUAGAAGAUAACCCAAAUCCUUGGGUCCCUGCACCUGUGUGGGAGACCUGGAAGAAGCUCCUGGCUCCUGGCUUUGGAUCGGCACAGCUCUGGCCGUUGAGGCCAUCUGGGGAGUGAACCAGUGGAUGGAAGACCUCUCUCUCUCUCUCUCUCUCUCUCUUUCUCUCUUUCUCUCUUUCUCUUUCUUCCUCUGCUUCUCUGUAACUCUGCCUUUCAAAUAAAUAAAUAAAUCUUAAAAAAAUGGUUCUUUCUAAGAUGAUUUUUUAUGAGGGAGAUACUUUAUAAUCUUCCUUUCUGUCCCUAACUCUGCUUUGCCCAUUACUUAUAUAGACUAUUUCUUGAUAUGAAUGUGGUUUCUAAUUGUAAAAUGCAUUCUUCCUUAUUAACAACUUCCUCAAGACUCCAGAAAAACAUAACAAAACUAUCUCAUAGAAACUGUCAGUGGUAGGUGGUAAAACUAAGGUGCUACACUUCCCUAUAUCAUGGCUGGAGAUGCCUUCACCAGGAAAAAGAAUGAACAAAUUAAAAAUGAAGAAAUACACUAAUAGAUUACUAUAAGGGAUGAUCCUUUCAUAAAAAUCAUUUUAGAAUGUAAAGGCCUUACAAAAUAUCUAGUUUAUGUAUUGCCACUUCCUGUUCCCUCUUGUUAAAUAGAUUACACAAUUGAAGCUCAUGUAGGUAAAGGGACUCAGUCACACAGUAAAUUGAUGACCCAGCCCCUAUGCUUUCUGGAUCUGCAUGCUUCUUUGGGAAAAAUGAAAAAAUGGUGUAAUGAAACAAUAUGAUUACAGUUAUCAAAAGGAGUCUGAAGUUCUAAUUAAUAUUAGAGUCAUUUAACCAGGUUAUACUAAGUACAUUACUUAUUUGAAAGAUUUAAUGCCCCAUUUAUCCUUUCAUGGAUUAUAAAUGCAAUCUUUUAUUUCUUUUAACUUGGCAAUCUGUUGAUUGCUAGUUAUCAACUCAAGCCAUUAAAAUUGGCCACAUUUUCGCAAUUCUAGCCAAAAACUUUAUGGGGAGAUCUGAAUUUUAAUAUUAAUUUCUGUAUUAUCAUUUAACACCACUACCUUGCAUGCUUGCCAAUUGGUCAAUCUGCACAUGAGAAAUUCUGUUAUAAUUCAUGUUAAUAGACAUCCAGUCUGCAGCAUAAAAUAUAGAUUUGGAAAUGAAGUCAUUAGAUUGAGUUCUGUCUCAAGUGAAAACUUUAGCAUUUUGCCUGGGAAUUGGCCAUGCACAGUCAAGUAAGCAUUAGUCAGUGCUGAAAAGCUUCAGUGAUUUUUUUUUUAUCACCCUCCUAAAAUCCAUUCUACUCCAAAUUGAAAAUGGGGCUUUUAACAUCCACAGAUUUUUUAAAUUAUUUUUAAAUUUUUUUAUUUGACAGAGUUAGACAGUGAGAGAGAGAGAGGCAGAGAAAGGUCUUCCUUGCGUUGGUUCAUCCCCCAAAUAGCCACUACGGCUAGAGCUAUGCCGAUCCGAAGCCAGGAGCCAAGUGCUUCCUCCUGGUCUCCCAUGGGGGUGCAGGGGCCCAAUCCUCCACUGCCCUCCCGGGCCACAGCAGAGAGUUGGACUGGAAGAGGAGCAGCUGGAACUAGAACCUGGUGCCCAUAUGGGAUGCCAGCGCCGCAGGCCGAGGAUUAGCCAAGUGAGCCAAGGCACCGGCCCCAAUAUCCACAGAUUGUCCUUGUCUUUCCAUGGAUUCAUUUUUUUUUUUUUUUAAGAUUAUUUAUUUAUUUGAAAGGUAGAGUUAUAGACAGUGAGAGAGACAGAGAGAAAGGUCUUCCUUCCGUUGAUUCACUCCCUAAAUGGCUGCAAUGGCCGGUGCGCUGCGCUGAUCUGAAGCCAGGAGCCAGGUGCCUCCUCCUGGUCUCCCAUGCCAGUGCAGGGGCCCAAGCACUUGGGCCAUCCUCCACUGCCUUCCCAGUUCACAGCAGAGAGCUGGAUUGGAAGAGGAGCAACCGGACUAGAACCUGGCACCCAUAUAGGAUGCCGGCGCCACAGGCGGAGGAUUAACCUAGUGUGCCAUGGCACUGGACCAGAUUAAUGUUGCUUUAACAUGGCAUCCUUUUGAAUAUUUGAAAAUAGUUCUUCCUGGAUCUUGAGCUGCUUCUGUUUGAUAUAACUUGAAUCCUUUCAUAUACCCUCUGUUCAAAAUUUGAUGCUAAGAAUGAGUCAGUUAUUUUGUGAUUAUAAUUAUUGUCCCCCUUUAUAGGCACUGUGUAUGUGUGUACUUGUAUACUCAUGAAUCUAUGUUUAUUUGUGUAAACGUAGAUUUUCCUACCAUUUUAGAAACAUCGUAUUGUUGAGUAAUUGAGCUUACUGAAAACCAGCCUUCAAAUGAGCAAACCACACACCUAUGUAUUCAUCUUGUACAUUUAUGAUAAUCUGGGAUAAUCACCUCUAUACUGCUUUCAUUUAUAUUACAUCUUUGUUAUAAUAGCAAAAGAAAUUAAUAAAUGACACAUUGAAUGCUCAAUGGAUUUCAGGCAUAUUGUGCUUUAUAUAUAGUAUUAACUUUGGUGUACAUAAUGACUCUGGGGUAUAUAACUGAGAAACAGUGGGGUUAAGUAAGUUGUUCAGGAUCACAGAGUGAGUAGAUAGUGACCUGGAGUUGUUCUGUAAGCUGACUCCAGAAAUUUCUGGUAGAAAUCACACUCAGUGUCUUGUAGUAAGAUUUAGACUGAGGCAACAAAUGGUACUAGCAUGGAGCCUUAGAGCUUUCUGCCUCUCUUAUCUGCCAGCUAGUUUUCUUGUACUAGAGUAUGAUGGACUGAGAAUAAAUUUUGGAGAUCAUCUAGUCAACAACUCUCUUACAUUUUUUUGCAAGUGAGAUGCAGACUAUGCAGUAACUUGUUAAGAGAUGUGCAAAUGGAAAAGCUCUGUCCAGGAAGCGUGCUUUUUCGACUCUUUGUGCUUCAUAUGGUUUCUUCUCUUUGAGUGUUUCUCCCCUCUUUCUCUCAACUUCUCUCCUUCUUGUUAUUUAGGGUAUUAUCAGAAAUUAUGUAGAAAGGGUCACUCAACCCUACCAUAUGUUUUCAACUAUUUUCACUUAUUGCCAACUUCUGAAUCUGUAAGUAGUUUUUUUGUAACACACACCAAAAGGUUUUUUUUUUAUAACACAGACUUACAGGUUUCACAAAUAUAUUUUAAAAAUUGCAUUGAUUUGAAUUUCACAGCUCAAAUCCAUGUAAUACUUCUUUAAAGAAGGUUUAUGGUAAGAGAAAGGAAUUGCAGUCAUUUAUUGAGGAUUUACUAUAUGCCAGUGACUCUACCCCUCCCUCUACCUCUUAUGUCUCAAAUCUUCCUAUUUGAUAGGAUUCUAUAUGAGGACCUACACAACACACUGCACAGAGUGGGCCUUUCUACAAACCUGAUGACUGAGGAAAUGAAUGAAAAGAAGUACUUUGAGUCCAGCAAGAGAAGGAGAUGAGCAUAUACAAACUGUCAUGCAACUGACUGUUAGCUUUUGGUUCAUUUCAUGCCAUUUAUUUCACAGUCUUUGAGGCAAAUGUGUGUGGAAUGCUAUUUAUGGUGAUAGGUUUUGGCUCUUGGACUUUUAAAUCAUCUAAAUAUUGAUAAGACCUGAGCCCAAAACUAUUCUUGCUUCCAUGUAUUCAAGUUUCUUUACUUCCCUUGACCCUAAAUAUUACUUACUAAGGAAAUUUCAUCUUUGGGUAGCUAUUUAACCACACAAAUGGGGGAAGUUAUGUCAUAAUACUGCUCUGACAGCCUGCAGACUUAGGGAGUUAAAGCUGCAAGAGUGGAGUUUCUUCUCAGUGGUGAGCUCUGGGCUCAUCGUGACUUCUUGGAAAAAUGUAGUAUAAAGUAGUGUUGAUUCCUUUUUAAGCAUAAUCAAUUCUAAUGAAAACUGCUCAUCUGAGUUUUGAGGCACACAGAAACAUCUCAGUUACCAUGAAUGGCUUUUGUCCACUGCUGCCAGAAGAACCUGUCCAUUUACACUAGAAGCCUGGUAAGUCAUCUGAUUGGAGUGACAUUUCUUUCAUGGAAUUUUCCAUUCGAAGCAUCAGAUGGUGAAGGGGGAGGAGACACAGAAGUGAUGCAGCAGGAGACAACUCCAGUUCCUGCCCUGUCAAAGAAAACCAAACAGCCUAAAGAAUGUUUCUUGGUACAACCAAAGGAAACAAAAGAGGGUGGCACCAAGACCAAGAAGAGGAGAAAGAAGAAAAUUACUGAUAUUCUUGCAAAAUCAGAGCCCAAACCAGGGACACCUGAAGACCUACAGCAGCUGAUGAAGGACUAUUACAGCAGCAGACGCUCAGUGAUUGAAUUAGAAGAACUGAACCUGCCAGAUUCUUGUUUCCUCAAGGUCAAUGAUUUGACUCAUAGUCUUUCAUCAUACCUAAAAGAAGUCUGUCCUAAGUGGGUAAAACUUCGGAAAAACCACAAUGAGAAGAAAUCCGUCCUAAUGCUAAUCAUCUGCAGCUCUGCCAUCCGAGCCCUGGAGCUCAUUAGGUCAAUGACAGCAUUCAAAGGAGACAGCAAAGUCAUGAAAUUAUUUGCAAAACACAUAAAGGUUCAGGAGCAGAUAAAGCUGCUGGAGAAACGUGUAGUGCACUUAGGUGUUGGAACUCCAGGGAGAAUUAAAGAACUCGUUAAACAAGGUGGCCUUAAUUUGAACCCCUUAAAAUUCCUUGUUUUUGAUUGGAAUUGGAGAGAUCAGAAGCUGAGGAGAAUGAUGGACAUUCCCGAGAUAAGAAAAGAGGUUUUUGAACUUCUGGAAAUGGGAGUACUCAGUCUAUGCAAGUCAGAAUCUUUAAAGUUGGGCCUUUUCUAAGUCUGGAUCCUAAUGAAGAUUACAGUUUUCAACAUGGAACUGCAGCUUACUGAAUGACUCCAGCCCAUGGCAAGCAUUCAGUAACCAGAAACAUCACUGGGAAUGUUUGGUGGGGAUUCUUUGACAGAAACGAAUCUGUCCUUUCGCCAACUCUCGUGUAUAAUAAAGAGUCACUGGCUUGUCUGUGA